AAACACAUUCUUCAUAUCACAAACAUUUUCCCUCUCUCUCUCUCUCUCACACACACAUAUUUCUUUUCUGUCCAAUUAAUUAAUGGCUUCUUCUAUUAAAUUAUUAAAUAUUCUGAUAUUGAUUAUUAGCAGCACCUUAGUGGCUACAUGUUCUGCCAAUUUCUACCAAGAUUUUGAUCUAACAUGGGGUGAUCAACGUGCUAAGAUAUUCAACGGUGGUCAACUUCUAUCUCUGUCUUUAGAUAAAACAUCUGGUUCUGGCUUCCAAUCCAAGAAAGAAUAUUUAUUUGGUAGAAUUGAUAUGCAACUCAAACUCGUUGCUGGUAACUCUGCUGGAACCGUCACCGCUUACUACUUGUCAUCACAAGGGCCAACUCAUGAUGAAAUUGAUUUUGAGUUCUUGGGGAACGUUAGUGGUGACCCUUACAUUCUACACACAAACGUAUUUUCUCAAGGCAAAGGAAACAGAGAACAACAGUUUUACCUUUGGUUCGAUCCCACCAAGAAUUUCCACACUUACUCAAUCAUCUGGAAGCCCCAACACAUCAUAUUCUUAGUUGACAACAUCCCUAUAAGGAUGUUCAAGAAUGCUGAAUCAGUUGGUGUUCCAUUCCCAAAGAACCAAGCAAUGAGAAUCUAUUCAAGUCUUUGGAAUGCAGAUGAUUGGGCCACAAGAGGUGGUUUGGUCAAAACUGAUUGGUCCAAAGCACCCUUUACAGCUUACUACCGCAAUUUCAAAGCCACUGAACUAUCCUCUCUAUCUUCCAAUUCCUUCUCUGAUUCUGCAUUACAAAGCAAUGAGCUUGAUGCUUAUGGUAGAAGAAGAUUGAGAUGGGUUCAAAAGUACUUCAUGAUAUAUAACUACUGCAAUGAUCUUAAACGAUUUCCACAAGGUAUUCCUGUGUAGGCGUUCAAGGUUCUGAGAGAUUAUAAUUAAUAGUGAUCUUGUCUUAAAAUUGUUAUGUUUUAAUUUAUAUUAUACCAUUCUUUGAUUUUAUGUAUUCCACUAUAGUUUUUCUUUUGGUUUUUCAUUAUGAAAAUAAAUCAAAUUAUUUGUACUCAACAACAUUGUGAUGUAAUGUUGAUUAUUUUGGAAAUAAUUUAUCCCACUAGUAUCAUAAAGUGGCACAAGUAACUAGUGUUUAUAAAGAGGAGGUUUGAUCUUGGGUAUUCUAAUGCGAUGGUAUUUGACACAUUUUGUGUGUGUAUUGACAUAGUA